AAGACAGCAUAAAUUUUUGUUCGAAACCUAAGGAGGAACGUCGUUCAUGCAGGGCCUGUUUCCGGGUGCAUAAGAUAGCAUUAUCCAAAGAAUGUGCGAGGCCGGCUCAUGUUGAGAUCACCUCAAAGGCACCAACACGCGCACCGACUCUUGAGAGAUGAGGUUCAGGAUCGUUUGAGAGCAUCACGAGAAUUAAGAAAGUAAUAAUGACGUUUCGCAGCUUCCAGUAGUAAUGACUUGACGUUUCACAAAGGAUGAUCUCCCGCGAUAACCGCAAUCUCACAGCAGAAUGCAUGAUUAGUGCCUGGGCCAUCAUAAUAUGCCACGAUGAUCCCAAUGUUAAAAGCUUUCCAGACCAGUGUCCUACUGCCCAGAGAUGCCUGUAUCCCACGUGUCGAGACUGCCGUGAUAACACAUCGAGACGGUCCGGCCCCGUCAGGAGUCUGGUGACAGUGGUUUGGGCGGUCAACCUUACGGCUUUCGUUCUCGUCGGAAUAAUAGUGCCUUUACGGGUUAUCGUUCGCUGCACUGUGACUCGAAAUUUCUUCAGCGACGACGUACUCGUUAUCAUUGCUGCUCUCUUCACCUUUGCGGUAUGCGCGCUGCUUCCCAUCGCGACCGACCUUGGACUUGGUCAGCACUCUUGGAAUCUCGAUGCUGAAUUUCUUCCUGAUAACACCAAGAGCUUACUUCAGCUCAUUUUCAUUGCCAAUACUUUAUACCCUUGCGCAAUCGCGUUCACUCGUCUCUCAGCCAUCAGUUCUUUUCUCAGACUCAUGACACAUAAAAGCGCUCGCUGGAUCAUGUACGGCGCGACGGUCGUUACCGGAGGGUUUGGCUUGGCGUCCGUAUUCGCCGUCAUCUUUCAAUGCAAGCCCAUCACGGCCGCAUGGGACUUGUCAACCAGCAGCGCUACUUGCUACCCUUUCAUCGACUUCCUCCAUGCCAGCGCAGCGUUGAACAUUGCAAUCGACAUGCUGCUAUGCACUCUGCCGCUGCCGUAUAUCUGGAACAUGAAAAUGACAACGGGCAUAAAAGUUCUGCUCACGAUCCUCUUUAGCUUUUCUGGACUCUCAUGCGCUGCGGCGAUCCUCAAGCUUGUCAAUCUAGAGCCUCUCAGCGAUUCUGACGUAACUUACAACUGGGUCUCCUGGGUGCUCUGUUCCAUUGCAGAGUGUACCAUCGGUAUCGCCUGCAUGUCAAUACCGCCGAUUACUCCUCUCUUCACCAAGUGCUCCCGCAACAAGCCGCCAACGCCUCGAAAGGAGAGAAGCAAGUCUUUGCGAUAUACGUUGUUUGCUGAAAAGCCAACCUUUAGCCGCGCCGUAGCACCACGAGUCAUAAGACCGAUGGCGACACCGUGGAAGGAUCGACCGCUCGAAAGGACCGUCAACCCGGACUUCAAGCCAGAGUUCCACUGGCUCAGACUAGAGCAGCAAGAGUAUGGACAAUGUUGGGAUAGGACGCCUCAGUCUACCAAGGCAGAUCAGGUUCUUGGGAUUGCGUUAUAG